UACCUGUGUUGCACAUGUAAAAAUUGUGGAAAAUAAUUAGUGAGGGUAGACAGUUUCCACAUAUAAAUUGUGACUGCGAAAAAUUAUUUUCAAAAUUGUAACGACAGCCAAGAUGUCAGCCCGUGCACUACUGUUCGCGCUCGUAGCGAUUAUCUUGCAGAUCCAGGGGAAUAGCGGUAGUGAUGCUACGGACGAGUUAAUCGACAUCGUCCAGAGAGUGCAGAAGCUGACGGAAGAUACAUACGACCUUGAGGAUCGUCCAUCUUCUAAAUAUGAACGUGACAUUGCCGAACUGAAGGCGAGGAUCGUGGCUUUCGGAAGUGACCGUAGCAACCUGGGGGACGAUGCUAAUCAAAAUUUGAAAAAUUUUAAAGCCAACCUCCUCGAUACGCUAGAUUUUCUCAACGCAGAUCUCCGUGACAUUGCGCGCACUUCAUCCCUUAUAAGUGAAGAUGACGAGAAAACACGGGAGACGGACCUCUCACGUUCCGACGGCAGUGAUGGCAGCCCGAUGAUUAAUACUAUAAAAAAUAUAAACGACGUGAAGGCCAUCAUCGCCAAAGGUAUAAGUAAUCUCCGCGCUAAUUGCCAGAUAAUUUGGUUCAUUCUUACCCUCGCAUAUGAAAAUCACGUUAAACAAACGUUCACGGAGCUCGAGUCUGUCAGGUCAUCCUUUGAGGGAGAAAUUUUGAAAAGCAACUGUUCACCGCAAGAGAAGAAUCGAUGUUAUAAUCUAAAGAAUAGCAUAAUGCGAACUGCGGAGGCCGCGCCCAAGAAUGUAAAGGAGUGCUACCACGUUGCUUUCGGGGAUUAUAACGUCUAUCGCAGAAGUAUUAUGGAUCAAUAUGCGACGAAACAAAACCACCUCGAAUUCGUACUUGAUGCGGCCGACAGAAAAUGUAAUGAGACUGAUUCCCUAGAUUUCUGUAUAGAACAGAUGUCAAGGGUUUUUAAUAAAGCGAGUCAAGAUUGGACAGCAGAAAUAGACAAGCAGGAGCGGCUUAAUAUGAACUGGUUGAUGGACCGAAUAGGUCCGAUCAGAUCAUGCGUGGAGGCAUCAUGGGGCCAAAUGAAUGCAACCCUUCACAGUUACCGACCUGCUGUGAUGACCUGUUUGAACUGCAGCGACUCUGUUGAACUGCAGGACUUGGAGAGACACCUCGCAGCUAUGUAAAAUUCAUUAAAGUGUGAGGUUAUUAUUAAUUGAGGACGGUCCUUGAGGAUUUUACACACUCAAUUUUUGUGAACUUAUGUUAUUCUCUUAUCUAAAACCGACUGCUCAUGGAGCAAUUUUCAAUUUUCAUGGUGUAAUUGGUGGACAAAUCACGGUUUUUUCCACUAUUUUAUUAUCUUGUAUUGGAUAAAAUGAUUAUGAAAUCAA